AUGGUGCUCUUCGGUUUCAGCUCCGCUGGACUUCCAGCUGGUUUUAAUGUUUCUCCAGCUGGAUUUUUAGCCGACAACGCCAAAACUCUUGGUAUGCCCUCUGUAAUUCCUUCGCUUCAACCUAGAUCGGAUAUAACCAAAAAUUUCGCAUCCCCUUUUAAGAAACCCUCAUCUUCCUCGUUGCCUUUGUGCUCUUUAUUUCCUUCGGUCCCUUCGAGUUCCUCAGAACCUUCAGUCCCUCUAACGCUGAUUGAUGGGGCGCGAUGUAAAAGAAUCUAUGAUGAUAAUGCUCUAAAUGCCCAUGCCGUGUGUUUGGAAGUCUGUUCAGCUCUUAGGCUGCAAGCUCAUGGUAUUAAACCCAAAGCAACCGAAGGAAUCAUGGGCACGGAGUUUUUGAAGGCUUUAGAGGUUGAGGUGAGGUAUGAGCUGAAACCGAAGAUUGUUUGGGUCAACUGGUCUCCUCCUAUUCCUGGUUACUUAAAACUAAAUGUAGAUGGGGCAUCAAAGGGCAAUCCAGGUAGAGCUGGGGGUGGCGCUGUGGGUCAAAUCCCUCCUAAGCCACCGGAUGUUUCCCUUAUUUCCAUCACAACCCCCAAGAUUUCUUUAAAUCCUUUAACCCAGUCAACAUCGGCACACUUUACCGAUAUUGUUCAGAAUGGGGCAAAAGCUUCAACAACGUUGCAAGAUGUCACAAAGAACUCUUGUAUGCCUCCUACAAACCCGAAUCUACAAUCUACAACAGAUAUUGCAAAAAUCCUUCCACAAUCGGUGCAAUUGUCCGAGUUAGGCAGAUGGUGCAAAUGCUUCAGGAUCGCAACAGAAGGCCAUGGGAUGCUCGAGUGUCGUAAAGGCAAAAGGGAAGAGGAAAACAAAGUGGACAAACAGGCAUACAACCCUAAGGAGGAAAGAAAGCAGAAAGCUGGCAUCUCGAAAAAAGACGAGGACCUUAAGGGGAAAGAUAAGGCAUGGCAGAAAGUCACAAAAAAAGCGAAUUCCAAAGUAACCGUGAAAGAGGGUCACCAAGCACCACAGUUCUCGAAUCCUAUAAAUUUAGAUGUAGGAGGAGAGGAGGAUGCCAAUAAAUUUAAUGUGUUAAGAGGAGAGCAUUCGGGCAAGGAUGUCGCAGAGGAGGGAAAGGAUGAAACGCAAAAUCAUAACGGGGAUUCAAUUACUUAA